AUGGAUUUCCUUCACAAAGGAUGGUUCACCGAAUUUUCACCAGAUGAUUUGGAAAGGAUGAAACAGGAAGGAUCCAGUGAGUCGAAGCAGUUGAAGUCCGACGGAGAGGUGAUGGGUGGAGCCUGGCCAGGCCAAGCGUUUUCACUCAAAGUAAAAGAAAUCCUGUUCCACGAAAAAAGCGAAUACCAAGAUGUUCUAGUGUUCGAGAGUGAAUCUUACGGGAAUGUACUGGUAUUAGAUGGUAUAAUACAAGCUACAGAACGAGAUGAGUUCUCAUAUCAAGAAAUGCUCGCUCACCUGCCGAUGUUUGCCCAUCCAAAUCCGAAGAAGGUUUUGAUCAUUGGAGGUGGUGACGGCGGUAUAUUGAGAGAAGUCCUGAAGCAUCCCUGA